AUGUAUAGUGGACCAGGAGGACUGGACUUAUCGAUAGAGGAAAGGGAAGGGUUUACAGACAGAGAGGCCAGACAUCCUCCAUGGUUGGAGACAGCAGCCCUGACCAAGAGACAGGAGGUGGAGAUCAGGAAGAGAGAUAAACAAGCGAACCCAGUUACAUACAUCAGUCACGUGCAUCGUCAUACGCCCAGCAGAAAGGUGCUGCUGGUGUUGGCGCUGCUGUCCGGUCCGCCGAACAGUGGCAACAUUCUCUGCACCCUCUACCUGCCAUCCAGGAGAUGGGUGUGGAACAGACAACAGACCCAGAUCAAUAACAGUCAGCUUCAAACACGUGACGAUGUGACGACUGAGGACCAGGAUGACUUCAGGGAAGUGAUGAACUCCAGGAGAGACAGCUAUCAUGUAAAAUUGUGGUUGAAAGACACUUUGGAGGAUUUGGACUCCAAGGGGCUGAAGGAAUUCCACUGGUACCUGAGGAAUGCAGAUGAAUCAAAUGAUGGUUUCAAACCGAUCAAACGGUUUCGUCUGGAGCAUGCGGACAGAUUGGACACAGUAGAUCUGAUGGUGCAGAGGUUCUCUUCAAAGACCAGAGAUGUGGCCGAGACGGUUUUAAAGAAGUUAAAAGGUGAUAAAGAGGGAAAUGUUGCCAGGAUGAUGAGUGACUUUGUUAAGAAAGUGUCUAAACAAACCCUGACGGAGCUUAUGGAGGCCCUCGUAACUGAUGGUGUCUUCGAUGACCGGGACAAGAAGUCGAUACUGGAGGAGAACCACACCAGAGUAAAUAAGGCCAGCUGCCUUGUUGACAUUGUGAUGGAAAAGGAAGAGGCAGUCUGCAAUAAGAUGAUCAAUCAUCUUCAAACCAUAAAUCCUUCACUUUCCUUUGAGCUGGAUGUUUCCCCCGGUCCAUCUGCCGAAGUUAAAGCUUGUAAAAAGUUGAAGUCUAAGCUGGAGAAGAAGCAUCAGCAUGUGUUUGAGGGGGUCACUAAAGCAGGACAGAAAACCCCUCUGGAGCAGAUCUACACAGAGCUCUACAUCACAGAGGGAGGGACCGGAGAGGUCAACAAUGAACAUGAAGUCAGACAGAUUGAAGCAGCUUCCAGGAAACCACACAGAGCAGAAACAACCAUCAGACAGGAAGACAUCUUUAAACCCCCACCUGGAAGAGAUGAACCAAUCAGAAUAGUAAUGACGAAGGGAGUGGCCGGUAUCGGGAAAACAGUCUUAACACAGAAGUUCAGUCUGGACUGGGCUGAAGGCAGAACCAACCAGGACAUCCAGUUCCUGCUUCCAUUCACCUUCAGAGAGCUGAAUGUGCUGAGCGAGGAGUUCAGCUUGGUGGAACUUGUUCAUCAAUUCUUCAGUGAAACCAGAGAAAUCUGCAGCUUUGAAGGGAUCCAGAUUGUGUUCAUCUUUGACGGUCUGGAUGAGAGUCGACUAACUCUGGACUUCCGCAACUCUUCAGUCGUCAGUGACCCCAGAAAGUCCACCUCAGUGGACGUGCUGCUGAUAAACCUCAUCAGGGGGAACCUGCUUCCUUCUGCUCGUCUAUGGAUCACCACACGACCCGCAGCAGCCAAUCAGAUCCCUCCUGAGUAUGACUAUGUUGACAUAGUGACAGAAGUCAGAGGGUUCACUGACCCACAGAAGGAGGAAUACUUCAGGAAGAGGUUCAGAGAAGAGGAACAGAGCAGUAGGAUCAUCUCCCACAUCAAAACAUCACGGAGCCUCCACAUCAUGUGCCACAUCCCAGUCUUCUGCUGGAUCACUGCUUCGGUCCUGGAGAACGUCCUGGAAACCAGAGAGGGGGGAGAGCUGCCCAAGACCCUGACUGAGAUGUACAUCCACUUUCUUGUGGUCCAGGCCAAACAGAAGAUGGUCAAGUAUGACGAAGGAACUGGGACGGAUCCACACUGGAGUCCAGAGACCAGGGAGAUGGUGGAGUCUCUGGGAAAACUGGCUUUUGAGCAGCUGCAGAAAGGAAACCUGAUCUUCUAUGAAUCAGACCUGAAAGAGUCUGGCUUCGAUGUCACAGAGGCUUCAAAGUACUCAGGAGUGUUCACCCAGAUCUUUAGAGAGGAGAGCAACAUGUACCAGAACCAGGUCUACUGCUUCAUCCAUCUGAGUGUCCAGGAGUUUCUGGCUGCUCUUCAUGUCCAUCAGACCUUCAUCAAAUCUGGAGUCAACCUGCUGGAGGAAAAAAAGAACAUCUUCUGGUGGUUUAAAAAAAGAGCAGAGACUCGGCUCUAUCAGACAGCUGUGGACAAGACCUUACAAAGUCCCAACGGAAACUUGGACUUGCUCCUCCGCUUCCUCCUGGGUCUUUCACUGGAGACCAAUCAGAACCUCCUACGAGAUCUGUUGGAACCAAAACAAAGAAGUUCACAGAACAAUCAGGAAACAGUUAAAUACAUCAAGAAGAAGAUCAGUAAGGAUCUGUCUGCAGAGAGAAGCAUCAACCUGUUCCACUGUCUGAAUGAACUGAAAGAUGUUUCUCUGGUGGAGAAGGUCCAACGGUCCUUGAGGUCAGGACAUCUCUCCAGAGAUGAACUGUCUCCUGCUCAGUGGUCGGCUCUGGCGUUCAUCUUACUGUCAUCAGGAGAAGAUCUGGAGGAGUUUGACCUGAAGAAAUACUCAGCUUCAGAGAUGGUUCUACGGAGGCUGCUGCCGGUGGUCAAAGCCUCCAAGAAAGCUAAACUGGACCUGAGUAAAAGCCGCCUGCAGGAUUCAGGACUGAAGAAGCUGUGUCCUGGACUGAAGAGUCCACACUGUCACCUGGAGUUUCUCAGAUUGAAGAACUGCGGUCUGUCAAAGAACAGCUGUUCUUCUCUGGUCUCAGCUCUGGAGUCCAACCCCUCCCACCUGAAACUUCUGAAACAUCUGGACCUGAGCAGGAACAACCUGGAGGAUUCAGGAGUGAAACAUCUGUGUGGAUUUCUGGAGAGUCCAGACUGCAGACUGGAGUAUCUGGGAUUGAAGGCCUGCAAGUUGUCAAAGAUCAGCUGUUCUUCUCUGGCCUCAGCUCUGAAGUCCAAUCCCUCUCAUCUGGAACAUCUGGACCUGAGAAGGAACGACCUGAAGUCUUCAGAUGUGAAGCAGCUUUCUGAUCUGAUGGACAGUGCAGACUACAAGCUGCAGACUCUCAGGUCAGUGGAGAUGGAAAUGGAUUGA